AUGGACUUCUGGAAGCUGGCAAUCAAAAUUACUUUCUUAUCACAAACUACAACUGGAAUUCUGGGAAAUUUUUUCUUUAUUUUCUACUAUUUAGCCCUUUACCACAGACAAUGCACAUUAAAGCCCACAGAUUUGAUUCUGAUGAACCUAAUGACAGCCAAUGUGAUCAUAAUUCUCUCUAUAGGUGUGCCCCAAACAAUGGCAAUUUGGGGAUUGAAGGAGUUCUUUAAUCAUUUAGAAUGUGACCUUGUAUUGUACCUUCAGGGAUGUGCACGAGGUGUGUCCAUUUGCACCAUCUGCCUUUUGAGUGUUUUCCAAACUCUGAUCAUCAGUCCCAAGAAAUCUUUUUGGAAGUAUUAUAAAGUGAAAGCUUCCAAGUACAUUGGCUGUUGCGUUUCCUUCCUCUGGGUCUUGAAUGUGUUAAUUAAUUCCAUUUCAUUUCUGUAUACGUUUAUCAAAAAGAAUAACAAAAAUGUGACAAGAAUUCGAGAUUUUGGGUACUGUAUUCUUAUAGGGAGUGAUGACAUCACUGACUCACUUUAUGCAGCAAUGGUGGUGUGCCCUGAAGUCUUCUUUUCUGUGCUCAUUGCCUUGGCAAGUGUCUCCAAGAUUGUCAUUUUGUGCAGACACAAGAAGAGGAUUCAACACAUCCGUAGCACUCGUGGUUCCAGCCAAAUGUCCCCAGAGUCUAGAGCCACUCAAAACAUCCUCACAGUGGUGUCUACUUUUCUGACCUUUUGUACUCUCACCUCCAUCUUAAGAGGCUGUAUAGCUCUUUUUCAUAGUCACAAUUGGUGGCUGAUGAACAUCAAUCACCUCACUUCUCUGUGUUUUCCCACGUUUGCACCCUUCGUUCUUCUGAGUCACAACUCUAUUGUAUCUAGAUUCAGUUUGGUCUGGAUAAGAAAAAAGAAUGUCUCAUAA